AAAAAAGCUAGUAACGUACCUUUGCCUCCUUUGAUUUGACUCUGUUAGUGAGGUAUGGUCUUUUCGUUGCAGCGAAGCAAGAGAAGCAGAAAAUGAUUCCAUUGCACCACUAUCGCCACUUUCAAUAUAAAUAUUAAUAUAUUCUUCUCAUCACAUUUGCAAUGCCAUUUUCGUUCCUCUUCUUCUCAUGGCGGAGAACCACCACCACCACCACAACAACAAUCACGUGCUUCUUCCCACCGCGGUGGAGGCUCUUCUAGACACCAUCUGCCGCGAGCAGAACCAACUUCCGCCGGAUUUCACCCUCCGCCGACGCCUCGCCGCCGUCGGGGAGCAGCAAGCGCUUCAAAUUCUCCAGGUCAUCGCUGGACAGCAAAUCCGGUGCUCUCUCUCCGCCUUCAUCGUCUACAUGCUCAAAAACCCCGUCACCGUCACGCCCUCCCCGCCUCGAGCCCUCUCUCCCACGCGCCCUCUCCAACCGUCGUUGGCGUUGCACGCGCUCGGAGAAUUGGAGUUCCGUAAGGCCUUUCUGCUUCUGAGUUACAUUGGAAGCGAGACUCUUGAGAAUGUUACCGAUGCUGAUUAUAUUAGAAGCCUUAAAGACUUGCCAAUGGCAACGUUUGAGAAAAGAGUAUGGGAGGCUUUUGGGAAAGAUCACAUCUACUCUCAAAGUGAUCGGCAAGUGUAUCUUGAUUGGGACUCUGGUAGGACACAUGUAUAUCAAUGUUAUGUUUCUUCUGAUGGGAGCUUAAGGUUCAAGGGACCCAUACUACAAAACACACAAACACACUUGCAGAGAUCUCUUGGUGAUGACAAUGUUUUGCUAGUUAAAUUUGCUGAGAAUGGGAAUGUGAGGAAUUUAAGGACCAGUGUCGAAGAAGCAAAUAGUCUCUAUGGAAAGUUUGGAAAAGAAGGGAUCAAUGUUGGUCUACGUUUGUAUCGCUUUUUUGUUUUUAAAGAUGGUGGAAAAGAAGAGAAGAAGAAGGACCCUACAAGUUCCUCUGUUAAGUGUUAUUUUGUUAGGAUGCAAUCUUGUUGUUCUGCAGAUGAGAGUGCUAAUUACAUUUUGUCUAAUAGGACAGUGUCUGAAGCAAGAGCUUUAUUCAUGCAUGCUCACCUGUUGCCCAGUUUAGACAAGUAUAUGGCUAGGUUCUCUCUCAUUCUGUCAAAGACCUUCAAACUCAGCAUUGACUUGGCAACUGUGAAUGUCCAAACAAUAGAAGAUGUAUUUUGCCAGGAUAAAAAAGGCAAUAUUAUAUAUGAUAAUGAAAAACCACGUAUUCUAACGGAUGGAACUGGGUUCAUCUCUAGCGAUUUAGCAUUGCUCUGCCCUAAUAGUGUGUACAAAGGAAAUAACUUGGAGAAUAAUUACAUUCAGGAAAUUAAAAACCUUGUGGAACUGGAGGAUAUGUGUAAGGCAAUGGGAGAAACAGAGCAGAAGCUGGGCACACAUCAACCGCCUUUGCUGAUUCAGUGCCGUCUCUUUCACAUGGGUUGUGCAAUUAAGGGCACUCUUUUGGUUAACAGAAAGCUUCCUCCUAGGACAAUACAAGUAGUGAUUAAAGUUGAGAAAGACCUUAGUCUGAAUAUGCAAAGCAUAAAUUCAUUGGAGGUAGUGAACACAAGCAUCAAGCCAAAUAGAACUUAUCUAUCUAAAAAUCUGAUUGCACUUUUGAGCUAUGGAGGAGUGCCAAAUGAAUUCUUCAAGGGUUUACUAGAAAGUAAUUUGGAAGAUGCAAAUAACGUUUUCUCCAAUAAGCGUGUUGCACUCAGAGCAUCCGUUAAUCAUGGCGCCAUGGAUGAAUACAAUGCAACAGAAAUGAUUUUAUGUGGAAUUCCUCUGGAUGAACCAUUUUUGCAAUAUCAUCUGUCUAUACUUGCAAGGGAGGAAAGAAAGAAGCUUAGAGGAGGGAAGCUCUAUAUGCCUGAUUGUUUCUAUUUAAUGGGGACUGUAGAUCCCACUGGAUGCCUAGAAAAAGAUCAAGUUUGUAUAAUUCAUGAGAAUGACCAAAUUACAGGGGAUGUGUUGGUCUACAGAAAUCCAGGUUUACAUUUUGGCGACAUUCACAUAAUGCGUGCCACACAUGUGGAUAAGUUAGAAUCUUUUGUUGGACAUAGCAAGUAUGCAAUUUUUUUCCCGUGUGUUGGAACUCGCUCAGUCGCAGAUGAGAUUGCUGGAGGUGAUUUUGAUGGCGAUUUGUACUGGGUUUCCAAACAUCCUCAGCUUUUACAAUAUUUCAGAAAGAGUGACCCUUGGAUGGAAAAUUUUGCCCCUUGCCAUUCUGUCCAAUUGGACUCCAGUGCUAAAAGGCCUAGUGCAUUUUCAGCCACGGAACUUGAGGAUGAACUUUUUAGACUGUUCCUCAAAACUCGGUUCCAACCAAGUAAUGCAAUGGGUGUGGCAGCUGACAGCUGGAUGGCACUGAUGGAUCGUCUUUUGACAUUAAAAAAUGACUGCACUGAAGAGAAUGAGAAGAAAAAAGUGAAAGAAAAUAUACUUAAGUUGAUCGAUAUAUACUACGAGGCAUUAGAUGCUCCUAAGAAGGGCGGGAGAAAGGUACAAGUUCCAGAUGAUUUAAAAGCAGAGAUGUUCCCACACUACAUGGAAAAAGAUAAAUCAUUCACUUCAACCUCUAUUUUAGGUUUAAUUUAUGAUUGGGUUGGUACAUGGCAAACAAAAGACUUAUCUGGGGAAGAAAUUAGAUUGCUCUCCUGUUUUGACGUUGAAGUACCUCCCAGCUGUAUGGAAAAGUGGAAAACAAAAUAUAAAGAAUACAGGACGGAUAUGACAAAUGCCUUGAAGGACAUUUCUAAAUCCAAAGAGGAGGCAGCUAAAGUCAUUAGAAAAUAUAAGGAGGAGUUAUAUGGUGCCACUGCUAAGAUGGAGGAUAGUCCGAAGAAUAUUAGUGAUAUUUAUGAGGAGGCUUUGGCUAUUUACCACGUCUGUUAUGAAUAUGCUGUGCUAACAAAAUCAGUCUCUAAAUGUAGUUUUGCUUGGAAGGUUGCGGGUUCAGCUUUGACAAGUCUUUAUAUCAUAAAACAAAAACAGAAGCCUCUGCACUGUGCUCCAUCUGUAUUGCGUGAGAUUUUCGGCUCAUGAAUUAUGUUAUUAUUAACUGUUGUUGUAUAGUA